AUAAAAUUCAUUCUAGAUUUUGUAAAAGAUAUAAGAAAAAAACUGGACUCGAUCCCUGGAUAAACUCUGAAACUUUCCAAAUCGAAGAGGGCGCAGAUGAUUAUAUGAAUGUAUUUAAAUAUACUAACUUGAAAGCUGAAUAUCCGAUAUGUGACGAGGUGCAUACACAUUUAGAUAUAUGGGGUGAUUGGAGCUGUUUAGAUAAAAAUGAUCAUUAUUUUCUUAAUUGUCCUUUUCGUAUUGAUCAAAAGAAAGUUAUAAUUACCAUACAGAGCUUACUGGAAACUCAAGUAAGGAUACCAAACAAAAUCAGUAACACCUCAAUUUCUGGAACUAACAUACGCCUUUAUCGUGGAGAAAUAAAAAGGAAUGAAGAUACUAGAAAAUAUUAUAAAUUUUUAACAGAUCGGAAAAGACUAACUGGCGAAGAGUUAUUACGUCACAAUAUACUAAAGAGUGGUUUAAGUACCACAUGGCUCAAUGAUCUGAUGAAAGAACGAGAAGAAAUUUAUACUCAAUUUAUACAAAUGUUCUCUCCAAAUGAAAUUGGAAUCGAGAUAACAACGAAAGCAUAG